ACAAGAGCCGCCUCCGCGCAAGGGGGCCCGGCCACUCGGAGCAGCUCCGCCGCGGGGACUGCACCGCCCGCCCUGCCGGACCCGCCCCGACCGGGGCUCGCCGCCUGCAGCAGCCACAGAACCGCGACCUCGGGCCCUGCGCGGGCCAUGGCUGUGCCCUGGGGCUGAGCGCGCAGGCUGUGUGACCGAGAUUCCCUGCGAGAGAGACUGAGAAGAAGACAGGAACGAGGGGCGGGCUCCUGGCAAGGCAUUCGCUCCUGAACAGAGUCCUGCUGAAGAUGGAGAAGGAGGAGGAGACGACCCGGGAGCUGCUGCUGCCCAACUGGCAGGGCAGUGGCUCCCACGGGCUGACCAUUGCCCAGAGGGACGACGGCGUCUUUGUGCAGGAGGUGGUGCAGAAUUCCCCUGCGGCCCGCACUGGGGUGGUCAAGGAGGGGGACCAGAUUGUGGGUGCCACCAUCUACUUUGACAACCUGCAGUCGGGCGAGGUGACCCAGCUGCUGAGCACCAUGGGGCACCACACCGUGGGUCUGAAGCUGCACCGCAAGGGGGACCGCUCCCCUGAGCCUGGCCAGACCUGGACCCACGAAGUCUUUAGCUCCCACAGCUCCGAAGUGGUUCUGAACACACCGCAGCCAGCAGCACUGGAAGGCAAAGACCAGAAUAAACCUCAGGAGGCCACCAGCCAAGCCCCGGCUGUUUCCGUCUCUGCUACAAAUGCAGGUGGAGAUGAGCUGGAGGUGGGCUGGAAAGGAAGGUCUAUGGAGAUGGGGAAGGCGAAGACUCCUGAAGUCUUGGAGCCGAUUUCCCGAGUUUAUGAAGCAGAAAGGAGAAAGCAGAGAGAAAAACGCAUUGUCCUCUUCGGGUGUCAGACUUGUCCAGGGCACCCAAAGGACAGACCCUGGCUUUCGACAAGCUUCCUUUCCACCCUCACCACGCGGGAACUGAACAGAGCGAGGUGUGGCAAGACCAAAACAGAUCCAACAGGAGAACCCCUUCCAAAUCUACCCCCACCCAAAGGGCUGUAGCCAAGGCCAGGAAGAAAACCGCCCCCUCGGAAGGUUGUUUUUGUGACUGUUCUUUGGACCAUUGUUCUAAAAAUGGG